GCCAUCGCUUUACGCACCUUGCAACACUGCAAGAGCACUCGCUCGAAUCGUCCAUUUUCGACGGGUAGGUUUUCGCAGGCGGACGGUGAAAAGAUUUUCUGCAUCGAAAAUUUCAAUUUGAACAUCGAAGGCAGUGAGUUCUGCUCAACAGACAUUUGGAAAGAGUUCGGCACACUUGUGCGAAAACGCAGGCCUAUUAGGUGAAGGCGAGCGAAUAGCAUUUGGCCGCAAAAACGACCUGAAAGUUGAAAGUAAUUGCGUGCUAAGCUAGUGAGAAAAAAGAAGAGAGGAGAGCUGAGGAGGUUGAAACCGUCGAGAAAUCGUUGUCGUCGCGCUCGCUACAAUUGUUUGCUUUUUGGCAGAAAUCGUCAACGCGCUGUUGGCAAACAUUCACACAAUAAUAGUUGGUGAAAAUCGCGAAAUUUUUUAUAUUCCGGAGUGCCUGUGAAGUACAGUUAAGAUGAGUACGGGAUUGCCGGAGUUGGGCUCAAAAAUUAGCCUGAUUUCGAAGGCGGACAUCAGGUAUGAAGGCCGCCUCUAUACCGUGGAUCCGCAGGAGUGCACCAUUGCGCUCUCUAGUGUGCGCUCCUUCGGCACCGAGGACCGGGACACACAGUUCCAGAUUGCGCCCCAGUCGCAGAUCUACGACUACAUCCUCUUCCGCGGCUCGGACAUCAAGGACAUUCGGGUGGUGAACAACCAUACACUGCCCCACCACAAUGAUCCGGCGAUCAUGCAGGCCCAGCUCCAGAACGCACCGCCCCAGGUCAUGCCCCAGCACUUCCCCAUGCCCAACGCCAUGGGUGCUCCGCCCCAGCAGCCACAACAGGUGCCGCCGCAGCAGCAGCAGCCGCCCCAUGGGGCUCCCUCGAUGCCGGGUGGCGGCAACGGUGCCGGUGGCGCACCCAGCGGUGCUCCUGGCUAUGGAAAUGGAAAUCCCUUCGGCAACCUGGCCGCCGCCAACUUAGCCAACAUGGUGGGCAAUGCGAACGCCGGCUCCCUGGCUCCGGGUGCAGGUGCCCCUGGAAGCGGAGCACCCUUCAUGCACAUUGGAAAUCAACAGCAGCAGAAGCCCCAGCAGCAAAAACAGCCAAUUUCCGUUUUAGACAUGCUGGCCGGAGCCUCCCGUUCCACAACGCCCAUCAGCCUGAUUAUCAGUCCCACGGCGGAGCUCACCCAGCAGCACCAGCAGCAGAUGCAACAGAACACUGCCCAGGGUGGCAACGGGCGCGAUGCAGGUCAUAAGCGCCAGAACCACCAGCAGCAGCAUUCGAAUCAGCAGGGCCAGCAGCAACGUGGCGGAUCCAACAACAACAUGCAUCAGCAGCAGCAGCGGGGAGGCAGCGGCAAUGAUUUCUAUAACCAGCGGGAUCGCCGUGACUCUGGUCGCCAGAUGGACAACAACUACAACAGCAAUUACAGCAAUAAUCAGCGCAAUAAUCGCGGCGGCGGCGGAGGAGGCGGCAAUGGCAUGCAGCAGCAGCAGCGAGGAGGCGGCGGUGGCGGCAAUGGAGGAGGCGGUGGCAACGGAGCCUGGAAUAUGCAUCGCGGAGGUCAGAACUCAAACAACAUGAUGAUGCGUAAUCGUGGAAUGGGAUCACGAGGUCCCAUGCGACCAAAUCAGGGAUAUCGUCCGCAGUCGGCCAAUCAGAACAAGCCGCUUAACAAGAUCAAGUUCGAGGGCGACUUCGACUUCGAGCAGGCCAACAACAAGUUCGAGGAACUGCGCUCCCAGCUGGCGAAGCUCAAGGUGGCCGACGAGGCAGCCAAAUCAACCGCCAACUCUACGGCAACCACAACUGCAACCAAUGAGCAGGUGGGUGAAAAGGUUGAGGGCGCCGCCCAUACAUUCUUUGAUAAUUUGCAGCUAAAUGGGGAGACGGACAAGAAGGAUGAUUCUGGCAACGAGACCGGGGCCGGGGAGCAUGAGCCGGAGGAGGAUGAUGUCCAUGUGGGCUAUGACAAGACCAAGUCGUUCUUCGACAACAUUUCGUGCGAGGCUGCCCAGGACCGCAGCAAGAACAAGAAGAACGAUUGGCGCCAGGAGCGCAAGUUGAACACCGAGACCUUUGGCGUUUCCUCGACUCGUCGUGGCAGCUACCGUGGACGCAACCAUUACUACAAUAAUGGCAACAUGGGCGGCGGAGCGGGCAAUGGAGGCAUGAACUCUGGCUAUGGUGGAGCGCCGGGCUACAAUCGCAACAACUACCGGAUGGGCGGUGGUGGCGGCGGAAACUUCCGCAACCGAAGCAACAACCGGAACAAUGGCGGCGGCGGUGGCGGCCGGGGAAAUGGUCAGCCCACUAUUCCCAAUGGCAAUGGCAACCCAGCCGCUGCCCUGAAGGCGGCAGCCAACAAUGCAGGAUCCACGGACGCAUCCGCCACAACAGCGACGACGAAAUCGACGUCCCUCUUGCCAGAGCAGACGCAACAGGUGGCGGCAGUUUCUCAAUAAUGCCGCUUGGUCAGUGGAGAACCACUUUAAAAUAACAAUUGAUGAAGGAAGAGUUAAAAAACCGAGAGAAAAAGUAAAUAUCCUAUUAAUUGCAAAAAAAA